AAACUUUCCCACAUUCAUUUCAGAAGCAGCUCCAGGAUCAAAGCCAGUUUUCAGUGUUUUGUGCUUUUGGGACUUCCUAAAACCCUGUUUUAUUCAUCAAGAUUGUAGGCUAACAUGGAACAUUUCAGGCCUCCCUAUUUUUAUUAGGAUAACAAGUUUUCACUCUGGAGACUGCAUGAGACACGAUGGACAUUAACGCUGUAAACGCACUCUCAUACGAGGACUUUUUGGAAAUAUUCGGGAACGUGGUUGAGAAAUGUCCCAUCAUCCCAGCUGCAGUUUGGAUCCAUCGUCCGUUCACGAGCCUAGCAGACAUCGAGGCUCACAUAUCCGACUUCAUCGACAGUCUACCUGAAUCAGGUAAAGAGGGAAUCCUUCGGUGCCACCCGGACCUGGCGGGCAGGGAGCUUCAGAGUGGCGCGUUAACCCGUGACUCGCAGGAGGAGCAGCGUGCGGCCGGUUUCACUGACCUGCAGCCUUCGGAGGUGUCCCGCAUGCGCAGCCUAAACUCCGAGUACAAGGAGCGCUUUGGCUUCCCGUUUGUAAUAUGCGCGCGGCUGAACACAAAACGGGACAUAAUGCGCGAGCUGCUUCAGUGUCUCGGCAACGACCCUGCGGCGGAAAGAGCGCGCGCCAUCGGCGAGGUGAAAAAGAUUUGCGCGCUGCGAAUGCGCAACCUCCAACUCUCCAACUCUCCAAACAAGCUCUAAGGUGACGAGCUUUGCGUGUUGAAAACGCACUGGAUUCUAUUGGAUCAGUGAUCAAUGUGUAACAUUAACUUAGCAGUAAUAAUGUGGCGUGGAUUCAUUGCAAGCGUUGUUCACAAUUUAUACUGCACAAUGAAAAUAAAAACUAUGUCCUGUGAAAGAA